AUGACAGACUUGAAUAAACCGAAGGCCAAACUUGAAGCUCUCUUGGACAUCAUCAAUUCCUCUGCACGUCAGGCAAUCGCCGAAUACGAGAACACAGGACAUGGGGUACCUAGUGCCGACGCAACCACCUUCCACCCUCUCGACUCGGCGACAGAUACAGUUGCCCUCAAAAAGGCAAUCAGGCUGCUCGAAGGUGCAUACCAUCAAUUGAGCGCAAUAUUAGCUCCCCCCCAACAUACGGUGAUGAAUUCUGUUUUGAAUUACAAUUGGGCUUGCAUAGAUGUUGCCCUGCGAGCGCGCAUUGCAGAUGUUUUGGACAAACAUCCAGAAGGUCUUAGCAUCGAUAGACUGGCUGAAGCAGUCAACCUCGACAAGAGCAAGACUGCGCGCGUCUUACGGGCUUUAUCCCUCAUGGGUUGCUUUAAAGAAGUCGAACGAGACGUCUUCUCGAACACUCGACUAUCCCUCAUACUCAAGUCAACAAACAACACUGGAUGUUUUGCAGGACUUCAUUCUCGGGACGUCGCGAAAUGCGCCGCAGCUCUCUAUGAGAGUAUGAGUGACGAAGAAUUUUCUCGUUCAAAUGAGAUCGACAAAGCACCCAGGGUAUUGGCCUUCAGGAAGGAGGGUAUGAUAGGUGACUAUUGGGAAAUGAUCAAUAAUGACGAAUUUCACAGGGGCAUGCUGGGCCUAAAUGAAUUGAUGGGCGGUUCUGCAGUUCUGCAUCACUAUCCUUGGGAUAAUAUUUCAUCUGUGGUGGAUAUCGGAUGUGGCAUUGGGACAUUUUCCACUCCUUUGGCGAAAAUGUUCCCUCAUCUCAGAAUAACUGAUCAGGAUCUCCCGGAAGUUCUUCUGGAGGCACAGAAUGUAUGGAAGAAGAAUGCUCCCGAGGCGCUGCUAGACGGGCGCGUGGAAUUCGUGCCACUCAAUUUUCUCGAGGACGCACCUGUUGUCGGGAAGGAUGUUUAUUAUUUAAGGAAUAUCAUCCACAACUGGCAGGACCGCGAUGCAAUGACGAUCCUUCGUAACAUUCGCAAGGCCAUGGGGCCAAACAGCCGAGUGUUAAUUCAUGAUUGCGUCCUCUUGCGCACAGUGCGGGAACCUGAAUUUGGAACUGACGGGUUAAGCACCGCCCCUGAACCUAUGUUACCGAACUUCGGGGCAGGCACUCACAGAUCGUACCAAAUGGACAUGACGAUGUGGCUUGUUCAUAAUUCCAAGGAACGAACCUUGGACGAGAUGAAGAUCCUUGGGGCCUCUGUUGGCUUAGUACUCAUCCAGGUUUAUGAUCUUGUAGAGACAAUGCUCAUGGAGUUCGGAAUUUCUCAGAGCUGAUUCCAGAGGCAAGUUCUUCGAUACGCGAUGUAUAUCAUUGUUUGCCGCCAUAAUUUACGAAAGACGACGAGGUCAGACGACAAGCAAACUUGAAGUUAGUACAUAGUAGAACAAAGUCCCCUCGCUCACGCCUAGUUAUCAAAUGACAUUGAUCAUUUCAUAAAUCGUGCUCGGUGCUUCACUGAAUAUUAAUGUUCCAAGGUCACUGAAGUAGUUUUGUAUUUCAUUUUGCGUUGGCAAGUAACUGCUAAUCCUAUGACUCAACUGUCAGUGCAUGAUGUUCUUCGACUUGUACUACGGACGUCCAUCUUCACCAGUCUUCUUGCUA